GAGCCCCAGCGUCGGCGGCCGCGCGGGGCGCGGCCAGGGCCCCGGCGGCAGAGGCAAGCAGAAGAGGCGCAGCAGGAGUCGCUCAGGCAGCGCCGCCAGAGGGGCCGCUAGAACGAGGCAGAGGGACGAGGCGAGCAGCAGCCGCGGCGCGAAGAGGGCCGGCAAGAGCGCCAAGGCCUGCCGCAAGAGGAGCCCGAAGAGGAGUCCCAAGAGGAAGGCCCAGGCGAGUUCGUCGAAGAGCGGCAGCUCCAGCGGCGGCUCCACGGGGAAGUCGAAGCGGAGACGGAAGAGCCCAAGUCGCUCUCCGAGGGGGAGGAAGAAGGAGAAGCAGGGCGAUAGAGACGCCGAGCCCAAAGGCAAGAGCCGUGCCAAGGAUAAUGAGAAGACCAAGGAGAAGGACAAGGAGAAAGACCGGCGGAAGGACAAGGGAAAGGACAAGGAGGAGGGCAGAGAUAAGGAGAAAGGGCGGGAGAAGGAUGGCAAAGACAAAGAGAGGGAGAAGGACAGAGACAAAAAGGACAGGAAGAAGGAUGGUAAGGACGACAGCAAAGAGAAGGAGAAGGACAAGCGGAAGGAAAAGGAGAAGGAGGGCAAAGCAAAGGACGGCGGAAAGGCUCUUGAGCGAGGCGGAGACAAGGUCAGCGAGGAAAGCAUGGACAAGGGUAAGGAGAAAAGCAAGGAGAAGCAGGGCGCCAAGAAGAAAUGA